AUGCAUUCAUUACCCCGAGCAGCUAGAAAAGGGCUCCGAACGGCCCUGGCCGCUAGCAAGACCGGCACUGCUCAAUCGACUGCCACACCAUGUGUUUUCUGUGCCAACAGCGCAUCGCUGCAGAUAUCUUCGCGCCGCUAUCAGUCGACGUCAAAUGCUCGUGAAGAGCCCUUCAAAGCUCCGCCAGGGUCACCGCAAACACAAACGCAUUACUCGUUCUUUCCCAAAUCGAUAUCGGCCGGCGCACCACCAGAGGGGCCCUUCAGCAUUGAUCUCAAUGCCAUGAAGCGGGAGUUCUUGCAACUCCAAGCUAAGGCGCAUCCUGAUUUGCACCCACAAGAAGACAAGAAGAGGGCAGAAGCUACAUCUGCGCGGAUCAACGAAGCUUACAAAACGUUGCAGUCGCCGCUGCACCGCGCACAAUAUCUUCUCUCGCAGCGCGGCAUUGAAACUGCGGAGGAUGAGACAGCAAAGGUUGAUGAUCCAGAACUACUCAUGGAGGUUUUGGAAGCAAGAGAACAGAUAGAAGAGGCAGAGUCAGAGGAGGAUCUUGUUGGAAUGAAGGAUGAGAACGAAGUCAGGAUACAAGAGAGCAUCAAGGCGCUCGAGCAAGCUUUCGCGGCGGACGAUGUGGAAACAGCGAAGAGCGAGACAAUUAAGCUGCGGUACUGGAUGAACAUCAGUGAGAGUAUUGCGAACUGGGAGAAGGGAAAGCCGGUGGUUCUCGAGCACUAG